UAUAGCAGUGUAUUGGUCUUCUGACACAAGACUAUAUCCCAAGGCAAUCAUUUCUCAGUGCUGCAAAAAAAAAUACAGUAUACAUAUAACAAAUGGCAACUAAGAAAGUUGACAAUCACAACAUUGUGGGUGUAAAAUUUCCCUCAUUUAAAGUAGCCUACUGGUACUGUGUAAGUUUAAAACCCCUGUAAAUUAUUCAUUCAGCUCUCUCAGAUUUUGACUGGUGUGUGUCAUCAGUUUUUCUCCCUAAUGUUGUCAUUGUUAAACGUUUUGAGAAAUGUGUCUUUGUUUUGAUAACUGAACGAAUGGCUUGGGAAACUGGGCCACCUGAAUCACUUAAUGUGUUAGCAAUCGAGAAAAGCUAAAAUACAUAUAGAUUCUUACCUCUGCUAUUAUUUUCUGUGAUCGGGAUCUCCGUAUUGAUUUUAUGUUAUUGGUUCGUCGGAUGGCAAAAAUACCUUUAUCCAUGAUGAAAGUGGAGCGGGCGGUCGCUGAAUCAGCUCGCCAAAAAAUUACGAAAAUUAAUCUCAGACAUAUUCGGAUGGGACUACAUUUCUCACAGGACUUCUGAGUUAGCCGGGAAGCAGUAAUUUUCCGAUUCACGUACAAAUAUGGAAAAAAAUCGUAAGUGAACUUGGCUGCGCUGUGUUUUUGACUCUCAAAGAAUCGGUUCAUAAGAGUCAUUAAUGAAUCACACUGGGCGCGCUGCGUGCAACCAUCAUGCACAGUUUACUGAAAGACGUGCUUUCUUGCCAUUACUUUGCGUUACGCAAUUUUUUUAGUCAUCAUAUUGAAGUGCCGCUCCUGAAAAGCAGUACUUGAAACACUGCUUAUUUUAUUCUGUGAUAAUUUUAGGGUGGCAAAGCUUUUUCUUAGGGCAGAUGCCACCCCGGUAGAACCUCCCUGUCCACGCAUCCGGCCUCUUUGGCGCCCCCUAGCGAGAUUUUGCGCCCUUAGCAUUUGCCUAUACUGCCUAUAUAACGGGCCGGCUCUGACACUUAAUAUCCAGAGAACCUGACCAAUGAGAGAGACCAGCUACUAACCAUGAAUAUCAACCUCACAGAAGAGAGAGAUGGGCUGAAAAUAAAGAACAAAAACCUGGCCAAUGAGAGAAACCAGCUACUAACUAACAUCACCAACCUCUCAGAAGAGAGAGAUGGGCUGAAAAUAAAGAACAAAAACCUGACCAGUGAGAGAGACCAGCUACUAAACAAGAACAAAGACUUGACAAAAGAAAGGGAUGAAUUAACUAAAGAAAGAGAUCAGUUCAGUCAGGAGAGAAAUGGACUGAGGAAGAUGAUCAAUGAAAUGGAUGAAUAUAUUUAUCAAUCCAGUCUUUACCUAAUUUCCUCUGAGAAGAAGAACUGGGCUGAGAGCAGAAGAUACUGUACAGAGUGAGGAGCAGAUCUGAUCAUCAUAAACAACAAUAAAGAAAACGUGAGUAAAAAUAGAUUGGGCACCAAAGGUUGUGCUGCUCACAGUAUGAACAGUAUCUACUCACCAAC